CAGCAAAUGCGUAUGUGUUCAAUGACUGCUGAAUUUACUGCCUCACUGCACACACUGGCACGACAUCUAACUCCACGUAAUUACAAACUCCAGUGGCUGCAGUAGCUCCAGGUAGGAAGCGGCCGACACUGGACCCAUUGAUUCGGCUGAUACCCGCCCCAGAUCGGGAUCUGGACCAAUCCCCUCCAGCGCUUCACUUGUCGCGGCUCUUAACUCGGCCAACUCGGUGCAGGAGUCGGCUUUCUUUUUCUUCGGAGUUAAAAUUUUUUUUAGCUUAAAACUUUUUUCUUUCUUUUUUAUGUUACGCUCUGUAUUGGAUUUUACUUGUAGCCAUGGAUCGACCCAGCCUCCGGAGACUGUUUUCCGCCUGCGAUGUGAACAAGUCGGGUCAGAUUGAGUACGAGGACUUCAAUGUGGUCUGCCGCGAGCUCAACGUCCCCGAACCCGAGAUCAAAGCCCUGUUCGACAAGUUCGACGCGCACAAAGAAGGAUACAUCGACUACACUAAGUUUUCCUCCAGGUUUCAGGAGGUUUCGGAGACUCUGGAUUUGGCGUCGUUUGGCGCAGCGGCAUCUCAAAACCCUGGUGGCCCGUGGGAAGACUUCGUGAGCAGGAUAGAUGCGGAGGCUCUCCUGUCCGAAAGUCUCAGGGAGCAGCUGGCUGAUCUUUACCAGGCCAUUUACUCCUCUGCAAGCAUGACUCUGCUGCAGCCGUAUGAGGAAAUCAUUCAGUCUCUGGUCAAUCAAAGCCUGGACAACAGACUAGAGUAUGAACAGCUGGAGACCAGUCUGAAACGAGCUGAAGAGAUGAACAACAGUCAUCUGGCAGAACUGGAGGACGAUAUACAACAACAGCUUGCCAGAACAGAGGAGACGGUGAGAGAAGAGGAGCGCAAGAAAAUGGAGGGAAUUAUGGCUGCCAUGCAGAGGAAGCAUGAAAACGAGAUUGCAGACCUGCACGCCACAGUGGACAGACUGUUAAAGAGUCAAGAGGACUGUGAACUGAACAAUUCAAAGGAGGAGGUGAUCAAACUGAACAGACAAAUCAGCGAGCUCUCAGAGGAAAACACGCAGCUCCGAGGGUCUCUGCUCGAAGCCCAGACGGACAUCUCCAUCCUGCAUUCAGAGCUGGACAAGCUGAAGAACAUGUAUGCGGAUCAGAAAGCUCAACAUGAGAGAGAAAAGGAUGAUUUGAAGAGGAUGGUAUCAGAAUGCGAGUCGUACUCCAGUCACGUUCAGAUCCUCCAGGAAAUGAAUAAGAAUCUGUACGACAGUAACGACGGGCUGCGCUCGAGGCUGGCGACUGAGGUGGUUGCUGCUAAAAGGAGGCUGUCUCCCCAAAAUGAAAUCCCAGCCCGAAGAAUGAAACCCCUCCGACAGAGCACACUCAACCAUGGAAGCUCGGAGCAGGAUGCGGGGAAGAAGCCCUACUCCCACGUGUCUAGCUGGGCCGAUAAGUACCUGGACAGCGGGGUCUCCUCCAUGUCCAUGGAUGUAGCCGAGAGCUCAGGCAGCGACUACGACAGUGACGACAGCAGAAGCUCGGUGGAAACUGUGCACCACAGCUACUCGUACGUCCCGUCUGAUGUGGAGAUAUCUGAUGCGAAAUCUGAUGCUGCCGUGUCAGUGGCUCCCAGCAGGGCAAGCUCCAUCGCUUCAUCUAUACGAAGACGCUUGUCUGCCUUCUCCACAAAGCCAUUGGAAGCAGACUUGGAUGAAAUUGAGAAACCUACUCCGAUGUACCGUCUGGUUUUAGCAGGAGACGCAGGAGCCGGAAAGUCCAGCUUCCUGCUGAGGCUCACGCUCAACGAGUUCAGGGGAGACAUGCAGACAACGCUGGGGGUUGAUUUCCAGAUGAAGAAGAUGUUGGUGGAUGGAGAGAAGACAAGCCUGCAGAUAUGGGACACGGCCGGGCAGGAGAGGUUCCGUAGCAUUGCCAGGUCCUAUUUCCGUAAAGCUCACGGGGUCCUGCUGCUCUACGAUGUUACUUCAGAAAGCAGCUUCCUUAACGUCAGAUCAUGGGUGGAUCAGAUUCAGGAUUCAGCGGACGACAAAAUCCCCAUGUGUGUAAUUGGAAACAAAGUGGACCUCAGAGAGCAGAUGCCAGAGGGAAGCUGUGUGGGCAGUUUGCAUGGGGAAAAGUUGGCCAAGGCGUACGGGGCCUUGUUCUGUGAAACGAGCGCCAAAGAGGGAACCAACGUCGUAGAGGCUGUGCUUCAUCUAGCCAGAGAAGUAAAGAAAAAUGUCAGAUUGAGGCGGCAGUCAGAUUCUGACGUCAGACUGAGCCCAAACAACCCAAAGAAGACUCUUAACAACUGCUGUGGACUGUAGACAACUGAGAUGUGAGCACAGAGAUGGAGCAAUGAAGGACGUGUUUUUAUUCAGUAAUAAAGAACAAAAAUUUUCUUGCACGUUUUAAUGUUAAAAUAUUUCACUUUUAAACCUUUAAAUAUUGUUUUAUAAAAGUUUAUUCUCUGUUGAAAAUGAAGGACUUUGUAGCUUAAUAAAUGCACCUUAUAUAAUCACGGUUAUAGUUUUUUAUGUACAGUAUUUGAAAAUUAAAUAAAUGUAUAAGAAACAUUGAA